ACUUUUUUGAAACUGUUGAUAUGUGCAUUUAAAGUGCUAUUGCUCAGUGUAACCAUCUUUCUGUCCAUACAGGCUGCAAAGUUUAGCAGAAGUUGGUGCGAGGCUUUAGCAGUCUAAGUUAGUCAAAUCAAGUGGGUAUCCUCUAAAAUAAGUCUCUUUAAGGCAGUAACUUGGUACUGAAGGGGCUAACUGGGAGACACCCACUUGAUUUGUCAACUUCAGGCUGAUGAGGCCUCAUAUAUUCUUGCAUUGAUUUGUUUAUUGAAGAGAUUUCUUUGUGGUGACAAGUAAUCCUUUUAAUGGACAUGCAGAUUUGAGAAAUUGAACCUGUCCUUAAAUAUUUCCAUUUUUGCAGAGUAUCUUGUUUCAAUCGGGAUUUUAUAUAAUUUAUUUUAGGAAUAUAAAACCACCAUCUGGUAUAUAGGAAAAUAACAUCAUUCCACUGCAUUGUGAUUUUCUGCUAGGCCUUCCAGUUAGUCACAAACAUGACUGCUUUUCUAAUCUUAGCUUUUAAUAUGCAUGAUUAGUCUACGUGAAUGUCCCACUGCUGCAGUAAUUGUGAUUUGCCAGUUGGUUGACUGGUGACACUCCAGCUCCAUACUGUACAUUGCCUGUGUUGUUCUGUUCCAGCAUGUGCUCGCACACUUUGUCUGGGGCAUUAGGGUGUUAAUGGAUUACCGAAAGGUGUUGACUCAGGUGUGUAUGUGUGAAUGAGGGUGGUACAGUGCUCAAAGCGUGCUGGGAUCUAGUUUAGACACCAGUCUCGAGUCCCCCUUUCUCUCUCAUGCGCCCUCUGCCACUCUUCGGUGAUUUGUUUUGUGUUUUCUCACCCUUGCUUUUGUUUUUUUUGUUUUUGUUUUUUUUACUGCCCCACCCCUGCACAUCAGUUAGCAGCAUUUAUCGUCUGCCUCAGUUUUUUCUUGCAAUGUCUCCUCUUUGCGUCGCCUAACAGUCACCGAGGCUCAACAUGGAUAUUGGAGGACUGACCACAGUGGUAGCAAAUUCUGCUUACAUCAAUGCCCGAGGAAGCAUCGACGGCUCUAAUGCUGCUGCAGCUCGGGAUAAGAAGUACCACUCUCGCCUCAAACUGCCCCACAUCACUGUGUGCGAGGGCUUGAGGGACACCCUGGAUUUGUCCUUUGACACAGUCUGCGUGGAACAGCCUAUUGGCAAACGGCUCUUUAGGGAAUUCUUGGAUGCAAAUCAAGAGUAUCACGGGCCUUGCCGUUUGUGGAAAGACAUCGAGGGCUAUGACCUGGCAGAAGAUUCAGACAGGGCAAAGAAGGCCUCAAAGGUCGUCCAGCGUUACAUGGACCCCUCUGCCAAACACUACUGCCCGUUCCUGUCUGAGGACCUCAUAGCUAAGGUGAAGGAAGGCCUGGAGGCUGCAGAGGAUGAUUUGUUUGCUGCAGCGUUGGCCACAACAUUGGACUACCUGCGGGAGGCCCCCUACACUUUCUUCAUGGAGAGCAUGUACCUGAAGAGGUUCCUGCAGUGGAAGUGGCUUGAGAUGCAGCCCAUGGAUGCAGACUGGUUCUUAGACUUCCGUGUGCUGGGGAAAGGUGGGUUUGGGGAGGUGUCAGCCUGUCAGAUGAAAGCCACAGGGAAACUUUAUGCCUGUAAGAAACUGAACAAGAAGAGGCUGAAGAAGAGGAAAGGAUAUGAGGGUGCGAUGGUGGAGAAGAGGAUUCUGGAGAAGGUUCACAGUCGCUUCAUUGUGUCAUUGGCAUACGCCUUCCAGACAAAGGAAGAACUUUGUCUGGUCAUGACCAUCAUGAAUGGAGGAGACCUCAAGUACCACAUCUACCUGGUGGAUGAGAACAACCCGGGCUUCAGCGAGUCCAGAGCCUGUUUUUACACUGCUCAGAUCAUCCAGGGCUUGGAGCACCUCCAUCAGAAAAGAAUCAUCUACAGAGAUCUCAAACCAGAAAAUGUGCUGCUAGAUAAUGACGGAAACGUGCGUAUCUCUGACCUGGGUCUUGCUGUGGAGCUAAAAGAAGGCAAAACACAGACCAAAGGCUAUGCUGGGACACCAGGGUACAUGCCCCCGGAGAUGCUGAAAGGAGAAAAAUAUGACUUCUGUGUCGACUACUUCACUCUGGGUGUGACGCUGUAUGAGUUCAUGGCUGCUAAGAACCCAUUCAGAAACAGGGGGGAGAAAGUUGACCGCGAGGAGAUGAAAGAGCGCAUGCUGACGCGGGUGGUGGAAUAUCCAGACAUUUUCAGUGAGCAUGCAAAGUCGCUCUGUGAAGGGCUGUUGGCCAGAGAGGUUGAUAAAAGGAUGGGUUUCAAGGAUAACAGCUGUGAUGAGAUCAGAGCACAUCCAUUCUUUCAUGACAUCAACUGGAGGAAACUGAAUGCAGGUAUUCUACCUCCUCCUUUUGUCCCUGACCCAAAAAGGGUGUAUGCUAAAAGUCUGGAUGACGUUGGAGCGUUCUCCUCUGUGAAGGGGGUGACCUUGGAGGAGCCCGAUAAAACCUUUUUUGAUGAGUUUUCCUCUGGCAACAUCCCCAUCCCUUGGCAAGAGGAGAUGAUUGAUAUGGGUAUUUACGGAGAACUCAAUGUUUGGGGUCCUGACGGCACCAUCCCGAACGACCUCCGCAGGGAGUCCAUUCUAGAGCAGCCAGCCAAGUCAUCGACCUGCUGUAUAUCGUAGAGUCAUUGAAACACCUUGAAAACACAUCAAGUUACACAGUGUACGAACUCAAAUACUCAGGACAGACAUAAGAACUGAACUUUCUGAUCGCAGAAUUACAAACAGCUUGAGACUAAACUUUUACUGGUGGGCACAGGAAACAGAAGGAACAGAACAGAGGUGGAUUUCCAACCUGGAAUGAACUUAACCAUUGAUUUAGUGCUGAACAGUGAAAAUUCUUGACAUUAUAUCCCCGCUGGUCCCCACUGUCCCUUCCUCACACUCUCUCUUAACCUUCUCUUUGUGUGUGCAUGUGUUACAUUAUUAUACUGCUUUUAGAUCUAAAAUGCAUUUUUAAAAAUCACAUUUUUGAGCAGGGACAUAGUUAUGUGGUACCUCUGGUGCUAAGUGACAGUCACAUGUUGAACAUGUCAGAUCUUUAUUUUCCUCUAUUGCAUAUGUGUUCCUGUAGAGUGUAUACUAUUUAUGAAAAGCGCUUUUAUUUUCUUAGUUUUUACUUAUAUACAGCUAUAUUAAAUGAAUUCCCAAAAGCUAAGGAACCAGAAAUGCAAAGUUUCAUGCUUUUGG